AUGAUGCAGCAACAGGACCAGGUGACUUCUGAUCAGAGAGGUAAUGUGGUGGAAGAAUCAGAAAUCACAUCAAAAUCUCUAGGUUUGAAGAUGAGAAAAUGGUUUGCAAAUGUACGAGUGUCCGGCAGGUCAGAGAUAUGCCGGAGUGGAGCGUGGAAGAUUCCUGAUAACAUUGAGACUCACUGCUAUCACGUGACAUCUGUGGGAAGGAGUGCUGUCAGGUCACACCUGGUUGUUGCAGAAAUAGCUAGAGUUAAAAGUGGGCCAAAAAGAUUGGUGGCCUUGGAGCUCAGGUCCAUUGACCUGCAGAUCUCCAGGAACAACAAGGAGCAUCAUACCAAGGAGAUGGGCCUGAAGCGGCUCAUCGUGCGCCGAGGCCAGCCUUUCAUGCUCCAACUGCAUUUCAACCGACCCCUCCACUCCAGGACAGACCACAUCACCUUCGUGGCUGAGACUGGACCGGCACCCAUGGAGCUGCUGGGAACCCGAGCUACCUUCCCACUCACCCAGGCCCGACGAGGGAAUGUGUGGAGUGCCUCUGAUUUCACCGUUGACUCCAACUCGCUCCUGGUCUCCCUUUUCACACCAGCCGAUGCAGUCAUCGGCUCCUACACCCUGAAGAUAGACAUCUCUCAGAGGCAGGAUCACAUCGUGACUCACCCCCUGGGGACUUUCAUCCUGCUUUUUAACCCUUGGAGUGCAGAGGAUGAUGUCUACCUGCCCAGUGAAACGCUGCUGCAGGAGUACGUUAUGUUGGACUAUGGCUUUGUGUACAAGGGUCAUGAAAGAUUCAUCACCUCCUCACCCUGGAACUAUGGGCAGUUUGAAGAGGACAUCAUAGACAUCUGCUUCGAGAUCCUCAACAAGAGCCUAUACUUCUUGGAGAACCCGUCCAAAGACUGCUCCCAGAGGAAUGAUGCGGUGUAUGUCUGCAGGGUGGUGAGUGCCAUGAUCAACAGCAACGAUGACAAUGGCGUGCUGCAGGGGAACUGGGGAGAGGACUACUCCCUGGGGGUCAGCCCACUGGAGUGGAAUGGCAGCGUGGCCAUCUUGCGGCAGUGGUCAGCCAAGGGCGGGCAGCCUGUGAAGUAUGGACAGUGCUGGGUCUUCGCAGCUGUUAUGUGCACCGUAAUGAGAUGCUUAGGUGUUCCAAGCCGUGUUGUUUCCAAUUUCCGUUCUGCACACAGCGCAGAUGGGAACUUGACCAUCGAUACCUACUACGACCAAAAUGCAGAGGUUCUGUCAACUUGGAAACAAGAUAAAAUAUGGAAUUUCCAUGUCUGGAAUGAGUGCUGGAUGAUUCGGAAAGAUCUCCCGCCAGGAUACAAUGGGUGGCAGGUUCUGGAUCCUACUCCCCAGCAAACCAGCAGCGGGCUGUUCUGCUGUGGCCCUGCCUCCGUGAAGGCCAUCAAGGAAGGGGAGGUCCACCUGGCCUAUGACACCCCAUUUGUGUACGCCGAGGUGAACGCCGACGAAGUCAUUUGGCUCUUCAGGGAUGGCCAAGCCCAAGAAAUUCUGGCCCAUAAUACCAGUUCCAUCGGGAAGGAAAUCAGCACCAAGAUGGUAGGGUCAGAUCAGCGUCAGAACAUCACCAGCUUCUACAAGUAUUCAGAAGGAUCCCAUGAGGAGCGGUCUGUGUUCUUGAAGGCUUCCCGGAAAAUGCUGGGCUCAAGAAGGACCUCCUCACCCUUCCUGGAUCUGCUGGGGUCCGGAGGUUUGGGGGAUCAGCCAGCGCAGCUGCAGCUCCACUUGGCCAGAACACCUGAGUGGGGCAAGGACCUGCUGCUGAAGCUGCAUGCCCGGAGGGUGCCAGACAGAACUCACCCCCAGGGUCCCAUCAGACUGGAGGUCCGCUUCUGCGCACAGGCUCUGCUGCACAAAGGUGGCACCCGGGAGCCCCUCUGGAGGCAUAUAGUGCACUUGAACCUGGACUUUGGGGAGGAGAUACAGUGGCCGUUCUUGCUACCUUACAACAAUUACAGAAACAAACUGACGGAUGAAAAGCUGAUCCGCGUGUCUGGCAUUGCCAAAGUGGAGGGGACAGGGAAGUCCAUACUGGUCCUCAAAGAUAUAUCUCUGGAUCCUCCCCACUUAUCUAUUGAGCUGUCUGAGAGGGCUGAGGUGGGCAAAGCACUGAGCAUCCACAUCACCUUCACCAACACUCAAACGGUCGCUCUGAGUCACUGCAUGAUGGUGCUAGAGGGAAGUGGCCUCAUCCAUGGGCAGAUAUCAAAUGACCUUGGGACUCUGGUGGCAGGACACACUAUCCAAAUUCAACUGGACCUCUACCCCUUCAAAUCUGGACCUCACCAGCUACAAGUCCUCAUCAGCAGCAACGAAGUCAAAGAGAUCAAGGGCUACAAGGAUAUUUUUGUAGCUGCAGCCAGGGCUUCUUGA